UAAAUAUGUAAAUCCUAUCCUCAAAACAUGCCGAAAUGCAUGUGCUAGUAUAUCAAUCUCACACCAUCAUUAUGAGGUGACGGUACUGGUUGUAUCUGUAAACUACUGACAGUCUCAGACUGAGUCUGUUAAAUAUAUAUCAUGGCUGAGCAUAUCAUAUGUGUGACUGCAACUGGAGGACUACCACUCUUCACAAGAUCAAAGCAAGGUUCUCCACCAUUAUCAUUUCCUGUGAUGGCAUCUCUGAAUGGGGUUCACCUAUUUGCACAAAAUCGUGAUGUUACUCUUGUUAGUACGUUGACCACAGAUCAUAAGAUUGUAUGGAAAAUGUAUCAAGAUAGCAUAGUUCUCAUAGCAUUGGUGCCAAAUCAGAAGUCGAAGAAAGAUACAGAUAGAAUAGACAAGAAGAAGGAAUCGUCCGAAAUAAGAGAGGCUACAAUUUCUGAUGCUCAUUUACUGAGGAUCUUAGAUAACGUGUUCCAUUCACUGGUUUUGCUAACAGGCCUUGAUGAACUAUGCAAUCACAAUAACAUAGAAAGACUGAAGAGGGACUUAAGAGCUUCGUAUAAGCUGAUCGACUCAUUCUUAAAGAAAGGUCCUGAUUCUGGAGAUUCACAUUUGUUUGGUGACUUCACUCAAUGUGUGGACAUGGUGCUGUGCAAUGAAGCCCCAAUGCUGCAGGAGCACUUGAAUGCAUUCGUUGAAGCUGCAGACAGUACCUAUGGUUGUCUAGUGGCCGGAGGAAGAGUUGUCUGCGCUACAGAGAAAUGGUGGAUGCUCACAGGACUUGAACUGGCAUUACUUGGACGGCUUAUCAGUGUUCUAUCACCAAAUGCAACAUCCUGUGACAUUCCUGUAUAUCUGCCUCAUAGCAGCCCUAACAUACCUCAUAGAUUGCUCUUGUUUACUCUCAUAUCAGCAGGAGCUACUCGUGGGCUUGGAGAGGGCGGGGUGAGGGCGUGUGUUCUCUGUGGGCCUGAACCAUCUCUAAUGGAAGUCCAAAAUAGGCUUGUACAAAGAUUCUGGUAUCCAGGAGUUGAUACUUUACAGAAAUGUGUGCAGUCAUGCAUGACUGGUUUUCCACCUAAUCUGACCAAUCAAAUGCCAGCUGGAUUGCUUGCUUUCUUACUCAUUAAUAGAGAGUCAUGCCAGUGUGUUCCUUCUCUCACACCACUUAUAAAACCUGAUGGAACAGUUGAUAAGAAGUUAGCACCGACUGAUGACGUCAUGAUAAAACAGGAUGAAAUUCCACAAGCGCUCCGGGAUUUCUACUCAGAGGUCGUCGGAACAACGUUUCCUCUCCCAGAGACUGUCGAAACCGACUCAGAAAAAUUAGACUUAUCAAGGAAACUAGCGCCACCUAACAGAAUCUAUGCAAAAGCACAUUAUACGUGUCUAGACUCUCAUAAGGCGUUUGCAUUGCGACGUGGCCCGCACCAAUUGUUUUGUCUUUAUCACCCUUCUAAUGUUCCAACUUUUGCUUUGCAAGGUCUGACUGAGAAUGUUCUGAAUCUUUUAGUUAAAGAAGGCUUAGUUUGAAUGUUUUUAUACAAAAAUAGCCUUUCGUAGACAGAGCGUAUCCAUUUGAAUUACCAAUCGUGAAAUUUCGUUGGAUAUGUUUAUAGAUCAAUGGUGUGCAACAGGUGCCGGGCCACCACCUGGCCCGCUAAGCCAUUUGGUGUGGCCCUUUUCAACACUCAGAUUUUCCCCCACCAGGCGAAAAAUCUGAAUCCGAAAGGAAAAAGUCGGUAAAAUUACAUGAUGUUUUUUGGCUCAUGUCCCUGAGUUAAAUCUUUCGCCUUAGUUAAUAUAAUAAAUAGUGCACAAUGUUGUCUU